CAGAAGCCCACGUAAUUCAGUCUGUGUAUAGGAGUAAUAAUAAAAUAAUCAGACCAACACACUGCAUGUUGCGGUCCUAUCUGACGCGUCAAACUGCACAUCCUCCGCCAAAACUGCUGCAGGCUGUCAGGGGUUCUGAUGCGGGCAGUCAGCAUCCUCUCUCCUGCAUCCAGAAGUGAAUGAGGAGGGCCGGUGGCCGACAGGGAGGGGUCCUUUGAUAUCAGGGCUGCCUCCUCCUGGAUGGAGCCCGGCUGUAUGCAGUCAGCGAUGGCCAUGGGAGAUGUCUCGAAAAAAGCGUCGGCUCGGAACGUGGCGGUGGAGCGAAAAAACCUCAUCACCGUCUGCAGGUUUUCAGUAAAGACGCUGUUAGAGAAAUACACAGCCGAGCCCAUAGAUGAUUCAUCUGAGGAGUUCAUCAAUUUCGCAGCCAUUCUUGAACACAUCCUUAGCCACCGUUUCAAAGGCUCCGGCAGUUGGUUUGAUGGUCAGAGGAGUUACUGGGACUACAUCCGUCUGGCCUGUGCUAAAGUACCCAACAGCUGCAUCAGCAGCAUCGAGAGCAUGGAAAACAUUAGCACCUCACGAGCCAAGGGUCGGGCCUGGAUACGAGUAGCCCUGAUGGAGAAGAGGUUGUCUGAAUACAUCGCCACUGCUCUGAGGGACAGCAGAACGACCAGGAGGUUCUAUGCAGAAGGAGCCAUCGUGUUAAGAGAGGAAGCCACGGUCCUAACAGGGAUGCUCAUUGGUCUUGGAGCCAUAGACUUUAGUUUCUGUCUGAAAGGGGAGGCUUUGGAUGGGAAAUCUUCAGCUGUGAUUGAUUACACACCAUACUUAAAAUUCACACAAAGUUAUGAAUACCUGAGUGAUGAUGAUGAUCGACAGAGUGUUAACAGCAGCACAAGUGAUGACAGCAUCCCCGAACACCCCUACAUCCCCCUGGUCACUGACGAGGAGAGCUGGAGCACAAAGUGUCGCAAGAUGGAGCAGAGGUUCAAGAUCGUCAAUGCUCAAAAGGGUUACCUGGAGGAGCUUGUGCGCCUGCGUGAGUCCCAGCUGAAGAACACAGAAACAGAGAACAAAAGGCUGAAGGCCCGAUUGGAGGAGCUACAGAGCCACAGCCAACAGGAGAAGAAGGACCUGGAGGCCAUAGUCCUGGAGCUUCAGGAGCAGCUGACAAACUUGAUACCAUGCGACUCCAACCACCUGGCCAAAAACCUCUCCAUCCCUUUGGUCAAUCAGUGGCCGACGCUCCAGCCGUACAACAACCAAGAGGACGUCAAGCUGUUCCGCAGGAGGAGUUUCCCCAGCACAGAGCUGCUGUCAGUGGAGAUCAGCCUGGAUUCAGACUCCCAGAGGAUGGAGGGGAAACAGAAUGGAGGAGCCUGGUGCACAGAAAAAGACUACACCCCCUCCAUGAUGGGCCUGUGUGGGUCCUUGGCAUCCCUCCCGAGCUGCAAGUCUCUGGCUAGCCUCAAGUCCAGCGAGUGCCUGGUUAACAUCAGCACAGAGAACAGUCCUGCCCUCUCUCCCAGCUAGGGGGCGCCAAAGAAACACUGCCAACAACUUAACAGACUGCAAUUCAACAUGAAUACAAAAAGACUACUUUUGGUAGGCGGACAAAAGCUCUCUUUCGUGGCGCUUACGUGAGUCCCUUUACCUUUCUGCUCUGCGCCCAGCACUCUCGCAACUGGAACCUUUUAAGUGUUUGUGAAUGAGUAGCCUCUGUGUCUGGGACUGUCCAACAAAGACGCAGGAAAAGCUGCUGUACUGCCUGACGGCCUCCUUCUGUUUCACUGUCUUUAUUUGUCUUGACAUGAUUAAGCCUCCAGAAAUGCAAACAACAGGUUCAAGUUUGACCUCUCUUAUGUCACAAUACUUGAUUUUGUGCACUUACAGUCACGUAUCUGUACAAAACUUGGUGUAUGGUUGUUUUGUAUGUACUUGUCCAUUUGUCUGUGUCUUACCAGUCUGUGUAUCUUAUUCUGCCUCUUGCAUAAUACUGGCAGUGCAGGAUGGAUGAGUUAUGAGUUAUAACCUUUUAUGGAACAGAAACAAUGUUUUGCCAUAUAAUAUUACACUAUUAUAAGAGAGACAAAAAGAGAAGCUUGUCUUGUGCAGAUAAAGAGGCCAGAGGGUUUUAUGAUGAAGAUUAUUUUAAAAUGAACAGAUGCAGCUACAUGAUAUUUAGGAUGAAUGGCAGUUUAGGCCCUAUUCCAACUUACUGAAUGUUAGAUACAGAUUUUAGGAUGUGACAUAAAAGAUCAGGCUACUAAGGUUUGCAGAGCCACUACAAUGUGAACAUAAAAACACUCACAUAAUAUCUAUUGCAUACAAUGCAAAGUGCAUUGUGACUAUGCAGAAUGAAUGUUUUCAUUGUCUUUUUCUACAAACCUGGCUUGAUAGAGUAGUUUGAGCGAGGAGAGAAAUAGUGAAUGUGCAAUGUGAGUAUGUGUGUCAUUUUUACCCCAAUUUUUUUCUUAUGAUCUGUUUUUAUUUUUAUAUAAUUUCACAUCAUACUUACAUCUAUC